UGUUGUUGUCAAGAUGGCGUCUCCGAAUGGAGGUGAGGACUUUGAAUCUUCUCUGAUAAGUUUAGAAAAUCUUGACCGGGCUUCACCUGACCUGUGGCCAGAGCAGUUGCCAGGUGUUUCAGAAUUUGCUGCAUCCUUUAAAAAUCCUAUUACAAAUUCUCCACCCAAAUGGAUGGCUGAACUGGAGUCGGAGGAUAUUGAAAUGUUGAAAGAAUUAGGAAGUUUGACCACAGCGAAUCUGAUGGAGAAGGUGAAGGGUCUGCAGAAUCUGGCUUACCAGUUGGGCUUGGAAGAGUCUCGAGAAAUGACAAGAGGGAAAUUCCUGAACAUCUUGGAGAGGCCCAAAAAGUGAAGAGACAGAUGGUGAUUGUUGACCUGUGGGGUCAGCUAUUAGCUGAUUGUGAAACUGUAAGGCAGAAUACGGUAGAUUGACUUGUGCGCAUUCUAACGCUUUCACAAAGACUUGACUGAUUUGGGGUCAAAUCAUCAUAACAAUUCAGCAAUUUUGUAUAUAUGUUUGUAAAAUGUUUGACUUCUUUAAAUAGCAGCUGCUGAGUAGAAUAGGUUAGAUAGCGGUGUGCUUUUGAAUAUGUGUAUUUAUUUUUCAUUCUUCAGUGUUUAAUACAACUUCAGUUGUUUUAAUAAAAAAAAUUCAAUGUUGUUUAACGGUA